UCUUUUGUUUACUUCCCCACGAUACUUUCCUUCAUGCUUUUAUAGUCUCUAUACAUUCUCUUUUAUUUCAAUUUUCAAUUUCGACAAAUGAUUUCUUUAUUUUUUAUUUUAUUUUCAUUUUUUAACUUCCCAGUAACCGAAUAUUAUUAUUAAUCUUAUGGUUCUCUUCACCCUGUAAACAUUUUCAGUCUGCGGGCAUACUGGAUUGAUGUGCUAUGCAGAUAUCACGUACAGCUCUUCUGAGAAGAAGAGCUUUGGAUGGAGUUAUGUCUGUAAGGAGUCGCUUCUACAAGGUUUCUCUGUCUUUGGUUUUUGUUUUGUGGGUGCUUCUCUUUCUCUUUAGCUUGUGGCUUUGUCAUGGUGAUGGUUACACAGGUGGAUCUGUAGCAUUUGGCUUAUCAACAGGCGAUGAAGCUAGGGUGGGAGACAAUGAACAUUCUGAUUCUCCUGGUCAAUGUUUGGCGGACAAAUCUGGUUCUUUUUCUUCUCAUGAUGGUUUUUGUACAAAUGGUGCUGAGAUCACAGCUCUUCAUGUUGAUUCACCUGCAAGUGAAGAAGUUUGCAAAAAUGAUGUCUCUACUCAUGAGCAACUUUAUGCUGAUAACUCGGUUGUUGAUAUAAAAUCUGAAAACGGCUCUCCAAAGUCUGAUAGACUGUCCCAUUCCGUGCCUGUUGGUCUUGACGAAUUCAAGAGCCGAGCAUUCAUUUCUAAAAGUAAAUCUGGUACUGGUCAGGCAGGAAUAACACAUAGGUUGGAGCCUGGGGGUAAAGAAUACAACUAUGCCUCAGCUUCAAAAGGAGCAAAGGUCCUGGCAUAUAACAAGGAAGCAAAGGGUGCCUCUAAUAUCUUAGGCAGAGACGAGGACAAGUACCUCCGGAAUCCUUGUUCUGCAGAAGAGAAAUUUGUUGUUAUAGAACUUUCAGAAGAAACUUUAGUAGACACCAUUGUAAUAGCAAAUUUUGAACAUUACUCCUCUAAUUUGAAAGCAUUUGAGUUGCUUGGGAGUUUGGUUUUUCCGACAGAUGCUUGGAUUAAUCUGGGGAACUUUACUGCCACCAAUGUGAAGCUUGAUCAGAGAUUUGUUCUUCAGGAACCGAAAUGGGUUAGGUAUUUGAAGUUAAACCUUCUGAGCCAUUAUGGUUCCGAGUUUUAUUGUACGCUAAGUGUUAUUGAAGUGUAUGGAGUGGAUGCAGUGGAGAAAAUGCUGGAGGAUUUGAUCUCUGUUCAGGAUAAUCCGUUUGGACCUGAGGAUGGAGUACGUGAUCAGAAACAACCGGCUUCACAAAUGGAGUCCACUCAACGCGAUGAUAUUAAUCAAAAUUCACACAAGGAAAUGGGAUCUGAGCCACCAGUGGAUCAAUUAAAUGUGCAAUUUGAUAUUACUAGUAAUGUUGUUCCCAAUCCAAUUGAAGAAAUUCGGCAUCAACAAGUUGGUAGAGUGCCUGGAGACAGUGUUCUAAAAAUUUUGAUGCAGAAAGUUCGAGCUUUAGACUUAAAUUUAUCUGUUUUGGAGCGGUAUUUAGAAGAUUUGAAUUACAAGUAUGGCAAUAUCUUUAAAGAAUUCGACAAAGAUAUCGGAGAAAAAGAUAAAGUUCUAGAGAAAAUUAAAUCAAACGUAAAAGAUCUCACUGAAAGCCAGAAUAUCAUUGCUAAACAUGUUGCUGAUAUUGCUUCCUGGAAAUCUCUGGUUUCUGUGCAGCUGGAUACUUUAGUCAGAGACAAUGCUGAUCUCAGAUGGGAAAUCGAAAAAGUUUGGAAGAGGCAAACAUCAAUGGAGAACAAGUUCAUAGCAGUAUUUGUUGUAACGUUAGUAUUCGGAUUAUUUGCAUUUGUGAGGCUAUUGGUAGAUAUGUUGUUGAGCAUUUUCAAGUCUUUUAUUAGUGUUGAAACGUUGGAGAAGCCAUGGAAAUUUUGUUCCUCUAGUUAUUCCUGGCUUCUUUUGCUCUGCAGUUGUAGCAUAAUUCUUUUUAUAUUAUCUAUUUAAGAUAUAAUUUUGUGGGGGCAUUUUACAUUUCCAA